AUGGAGCACUCCAUUUUGGAAAAAAAUAGUUCCACAGCAAACUCGGCGUUUUGCAACCCAUCCACAGUUUACUUUCUAAGUAAAAGUGUGAUGAUUGUGAGAAAAAAUAUUGUUAAAAUUAUUAAGAUUAUUGCAUUGACUGAUGCCCAAGAUGAUGAUGAUGAUGAUGGUGGUGGUGGUGGUGGUGGUGAUGAUGAUGGUGCAGGUGCUACUGAAGAUGGUUAUAAAAAUUACCGAUUAUAA